CUGGAAUCGGGUGAAUAUAGCGUGCUGCUGGUAACAAUUUCUCAGUCAGAUCACCUUUCAAACGACAAUUUCCUACUAUCAUUUGUUUUCCUAACCAGGAGCGUUCACCGUAUAAGAUACUUUUUAGCGGAUCAAGUUUUCUCAACCCGCCUGGCUGGUCGAACAGUCCCAGGCGCAAGAGGACAUGUCAAAAGCUUCACAAGUACCGCAUCAAUCGGCUUCGCUUGUUCUCCAAAAUCCACCUCGUCACCACUCGCUAAGAAGAAGACCUUCAGCACGGGAAGCCGUCGACAGCUUCGUCAGUCCGCUUGCCCGUUUGGAGAUAGAAGGACGGAUUGCAAAGGGCUGGAAUACUGCAUCGGAGUCACAUGCUGCUUCAAGCUCCCUCCACAGAGAAAAUUUAUCUCCGGGCCAGCCACCCAGUGCCCCUCCCAUUCCCGCACUCGAAUUUAAUCUUUUUCGCCACAACUCGAUUUUGUCUAUCGAUUCUUUAGCCAGCGAAUGUACCGUGACUGGCCAACAAAAUGACGACAAGGAUGAGGUGGAGUCUCCCGUAACACCAAAAGCUAUAUCUUCUGGUGACUCACAUCUUAGUCUUGGCAACUCUACCCCUACGAACAGCCAAUCGUCAUCAAAAUGGACAUCAUCAUCGACAAGGGACGAUAAACAGAUGAGAGCAGAUCACAAAUCUAUGGCCUCUAUUCUUCCUAUUCGAAGCCUAUCACUUUCAUCUCAUCCAUCUACCACUCUCUCUAUCCCUUCUGGAACUUCCUCCACACAUUUCAAAUUGGGUCAUGUAUCUCCAAGGCGUACAAAAUCACAGUCCAAGGCAGAGGCUUUGACUCGUGAAGCUCCUGUACCUUUACAUCCCAAGGAAACUGAAGUCAACUCUGACUGCAUCAGUGUACAUGGCGAAGAGGGAAGCGAAUGGGGUAAAGAUGAGUCUCAAUUUGAGUGGCUCGACACUUAUGGAGUACCCCAAGCUAUAAAUGGUAUUGAUGGUGGAGGAGAUACGAAGACAUCCGGCCCGAGUAGGCGACUGUCAAAACUAAGGGCAACAAUGAGUCGACAGCAGGGGGAUGGAGGGCAAGGAAAGUUAAAAAAACCUGUAGUCAUCCCGAAAAGGGCCCCACCACCGCCGCCGAAUUCUGCGCCAGCACCACCUAUAGUGCGGCGGUCAUCCAGAAAGAUACCUCGAACCCCGCCGGUCCAAGACAUUCGAAAAAUGAACAGGCAAGCUUCCGAAUCAAGCAUACCCUUGAGACCAGCUCACCCACCAUACCGCCAACGGUCCGACACCGAUAUAAUUUUCCAACCUAAUCCCACAUCUUCCCAAAUCUCUUCAUCCUCAUAUCUUGCCCCUCGUAUGGUUCCUCUGAAAAAUGAAACCUCUUCAUCAGCUUCACUCGAUCUGCCUUCUGUGGGCCGUUUUUCCCAGAUGUCAUUCCAAUCAGGAUAUUCUUUUUAUGACCUUGAUGGAGAUUCAACCCCGUCGGCCUCCAGAGCUGAGAGCGAUUUUGCAUUUCCUAGAGGCAAAUAUAUGAAAGUGUCCGCUUCGGCUUUGGAGCGGGAAAAGGAGAUGCGGAACAGGGUGGUGUCCGAGCCGAUAGUCAAAACUCCUAGUGCUCCAAUUUCAGUAACAGAUCGCUCAGCGAACGAAUUGGUGUGCAUGGGAAUUGAAGCUAGAGGGAAAGGAGAACUGUCCAAAAGUGCUUACUAUUUCAUGAAGGCAGCAGAAGCAGGAAACUCGACUGGGAGGAUAUAUUGGGGUCUCGCCUUAAGAUAUGGCUUGGGAGUCGGAAUAGAUGACAAACGUGCAUUUGCUGAACUCAGUCAAGCGUGCGACGUAUCGCUCGCGGAAGGGGGGCUUACAAUUCAUACCUCACCAGGCAGAAUGGCACUCACAGCGCAAGAGAGAAAGAAGGUGACAGAGGAUUUGGCUAUAGGGAUGUUUGAAGUUGGAAAUUGUUUUUUGGGAGGGAUAGGAGUGAAAAAGGCGCCAGAUGUUGCAUUGCAAUACCUCAGAUUUGCAGCCAACUUGGGAGAUCUCUCAGCUCAAGAGCAACUUGGAUUUGUGUUAUCCAAAGGUUCAAACGGCAUCAAAAAGGACAUGAAGGAAGCAGCAAAGUGGUAUAGAAUGGCUAUAGCACAAGGAUCUAGUAACACUGUUGGCCUGUCGUGGGUUUGGAAGGAAAAAUAUAUGUCAUGACCCUGUAAUACAAAGCUAUCGAAAUAGACCAAUCUCUACCACACGUUGCCUGCACAAAAAUCUAUUGAUGCUGUACUUUGUAGUUACCUUCUUGUAGUAAUGAUAGUGGUAUGCCUAGUAAAUUAAUGUUAUAUGAUAACCUCUC